UUAUUAAGUUAUAAUGUGAUAUCAUGACAAGAGAGAGGAAGGAAGCAAUGGCGAGCAGGUACUGGGCAGUGUCUCUUCCCGUCCCCAACUCCGCAUCUCAGCUCUGGAACCAAUUCCAGGAACGAAUCUCCAAGCAUUCCUUCGACACUCCUCUCUACAGAUUCAACAUCCCCAACCUCCGCAUCGGAACCCUAGACUCUCUCCUCUCCCUCAGCGAUGACCUCGCCAAGUCCAACAAUUUCGUGGAAGGAGUUACGCACAAGAUCAGGCGCCAGAUUGAGGAGCUCGAGAGAGUUUCCGGCAUCGACACCGGCGCCCUCACCGUCGACGGCGUCCCCGUCGAUUCCUACUUGACCAGGUUUGUUUGGGAUGAGGCAAAGUACCCGACCAUGUCGCCUUUGAAGGAGAUUGUGGAUGGUAUUCACAGUCAAGUGGCAAAGAUUGAGGAUGAUCUCAAGGUUCGUGUUUCUGAGUAUAACAAUAUCCGCAGUCAGCUUAAUGCUAUCAACCGAAAGCAAACUGGAAGCUUAGCAGUCCGUGAUCUUUCCAACUUGGUAAAACCUGAGGACAUUGUAACUUCAGAAAAUUUAACUACCCUCCUUGCAAUUGUUUCCAAGUAUUCACAGAAGGAUUGGCUCUCAAGCUAUGAAACAUUGAUAAAUUAUGUGGUCCCCAGGUCUUCUAAGAAGUUGUAUGAGGAUAACGAAUAUGCUCUUUAUACUGUAACACUCUUCAGUCGUGUUGCGGAUAAUUUUAGAACUAGUGCACGUGAAAAAGGGUUCCAAAUUCGUGACUUUGAAUACAGUCCAGAAACACAUGAGAACCGAAAGCAGGAGUUAGAUAAAUUGGUACAAGAUCAGGAAAGAUUGAGGGCUUCUCUGUUGCAAUGGUGCUAUACCAGCUAUGGAGAGGUUUUCAGUUCCUGGAUGCACUUUUGUGCUGUGCGUUUAUUUGCUGAGAGCAUUCUGAGAUAUGGUCUGCCACCAUCUUUCUUGGCAUGUGUUUUAGCUCCUUCUGUAAAAUCCGAGAAGAAAGUACGUUCUAUCCUUGAAGGGUUGACUGAUAGCACAAACAGUGCAUACUGGAAGACCGAGGAUGAAGUAGGUGCCGGGAUGGCUGGCCUAGCAGGUGAUGCCGAUGCUCACCCCUAUGUGUCUUUCACCAUCAAUGUUGCUUGAGGGCUCUCAGAAACCAGCCCGAUACUUAAUUUACAAUCCAUUAUGGGCUCCUUUGGACAGCAAUAAUGCCAAUGCAAACAGGAUUUGAAGAAGAUAUUGUACAUUACGAUCAUAUUUCAUUCUUUGUUAUUUAUCUAUAUAAUUGAAGCGAUCAAAGUUUCAAAAGGGUUUAAUGAAUUUCAAGGGUAGCGUCUGGUGCCAGGAUUGACCAUUAGCAACUUGUAUUGUUUCGUGUAAGUUUUCUUGUCGGCGAUUAUAUGAACUUGGAGAUGUGACAUACUCUGGCUCAUCCCUUUAGAGAAUAAUGCAGCCCUGCAGAGUGUAAUAAUAAACUGUUACUUGGAUGCAAUAAGGUUGUUUAUUGUUGUACUUCUCAAUUAAUCAAUAUUUAAAGAUGUUUUUCUGGGAAA